GUAUCUGACGUGAAGUGAAAGGGGAGUGUGUUGUGGAUCCAUUAAUCGGAUGUAGUUGUGGUUGUGUCUCUUGUAAAAUCGUACAUUCCGCGUAGUAAUUAAAUUAUGAGGAACUGAAUGUCAGUGUCAAUAAUUGCAUUUCAGUUAUAUUAUGCUUUUUCUAAUAGGUGAAUAAACAGGGGGUGUUCUGAUAGAAACAGAAGUGAAUAUGGCAGGGAGGUUAGAAGACGAAUAUUGGCAUGCCAGUGAAACGAAAGCAUUCAACUUUGAAGAUGAUGAAUUUGAAAGUCAGUUGUGCGGUGUGUCAAAAAGCGGAACUGCAAGAUUGUCGCAAAGAGUCAGAGAAGGAAUGGGCGGCGAUAGCGCUUGUUUGAGUGCAGACUCCCUCUCAGGUUGCCUAUCAAAAGCAACUAUUUCAGAUUCGUCACAACCGGCAACAAGACCUCUGCACAGCCUCAUUUCAGAAAAGAGUCUUCUGUGCAUUCUGGAAGCUGGGAAUUUCCGCGAGAAACAACCAAAAGGUAAACUGAAUCCAGAGGAAGAAGUGAGAAUAUUACGACGCCAGGUUGAGAAUCGCUGGGUACCUCCUCCAGUCAGUGAUACUAUCACCAAGAUAUUGCUUGGUCAUCCGUAUUCCUUGGAACUGUAUCGGUCGUGGGAAAGCAAGACGGAGUUGUUAGAUGCAGCUAUUGCUGUAGGGGAUGGGAACGCUAUACUUGCAGUAGUGCUGUUCCUUGUACGUACACUAAAGAAGAAUCUUGUCCAUCAGUUGUUGCGGACACGACCGGAAGCAGUCGGCCAGUACUGUCAGUAUCUGUCUACAAGAUUACAGCUCCAUGAACUUACUGAUCUGCUGGAGAUGCUUGGUGAGAGUAGAGAAGCAUCAAUGAAGCAGUUCCAGCUUUCAGUUUGUGGCACACUGAAUCCAGAGCGUCGACUUCAGAAGCUCCAAGUGUGUUUGAAGAAUCAUUUCUCAUUACAAGACAGUAAAGAUCGUCCACUUAUAGAGAAUUAUAUCAAACUUUUGGAGUGGCAGUUGUCAGUUGCUGGUGCGGAUGCUGAGAUUGCCAACACUCUGGCAGGACAGCCUGUGCUGUCGUCCCUGGCAUAUACAUGUCAGUACCAUUGGGGUGAGCCAAGAGGCAGUAUAAGCUCUCCGCUGACCCUGAGCCAACAGCAAGGCGUGAGUGACCUACAGUUUCAGUGGACAGUGCUCACUGUGCGAACUUCGAUGCAUUCCUGGGAUGACAUUGAAGGAUUGUUCAUCACAAAAAGUUGGCUGGGAGGAAAGAAGUUGAAGACAGCAGUGCCUAUAGAAAAGGUGGUUAUGCAACUCCAUGCUCAUGGAGCACCAACAGACAUUCUCGUCAAGUACUUGGAGCUCAUUGAGAAUGUUGAUAAACGGAUUACACUGGCACAAAAGCUGCAGUGUCAUAAAGCUGUUAUUAAUGUUUUUGUGGCUAAACGAGAUAGACGGUCAUUGAUCUCAUAUAAGGCCAAUCUUCAUCCACAGUCAGAAGACUAUUUCUAUGCUGAAAACUGUCUGCGUGUGUCUACAACGAAGUGGAAGAACUGAAGAAAUUGUUCACUUGACAAUAUAGAAUUCACCAUCAAAGAAUGAAUAUUGACUGAGAUUGUUCAAGGGUGCAUUUGUAAAUACACUAUUAUAAAGAAAAUUUAUUGUAUAAAGGACAAAUGAAAAGCAGCAUUGACAGUUGAGAUCAAUCUGUACAUCAUUAUCAUGCGUGUGUACAGUAUCCACAUGCUUUUCAUGGUACCAUAAUAAUUAUAUAAUAAUAUACAUAAUGAAAGUAAGCAGGAAGAUUAAGAAUGCAUCUGACAGAUGGAGUAGAAACACAUUCACAAGUACGUGCAAGUAUGUUGGGUAGUUGCUGUGAAGUCUAGUGUGAAGCUUCACAUAUAAAGACACCCUGAGGAAUACUGGACAUUAAUUAAAAUAGUGAUUUUUGUUUACACUGUAGUGAAGCCCAGGCAGAGAGCUCUUGCAGAUUGUUGUCCACUCCAUCUGCCUGCCUGUCCUGUGCUCCUGUUAGUGUACCCCCACUCUUCUCCUUAUGGCUGGAUUACUUAUUGCACAAUGUUAUGUGAGGGACACUAGCAGGCAGGCUAGGAUGAUAGAGUAUCGUGUUCCUACUACCUUGAGUAUUGUUUGAUCACUGAACUGUAGCACUAGUAAUUAGGCGAGAGCCUGGGUUGGGUGUGCAUGUGUGCACAUAUGCAUUUGUGUCCCUUCUCAAGGUUUCGAUGUGGAUUUAGAGCUAGAUCCGACCUGUAUGCCUUCAUUUUUCUCAUCCUUUGUGUAUGCAGCAUUCUGACGAGGUAUUUCUUUCAUUCUGUAUACUUAAUUGGAUUGAACUACUUAUUAAACUGGUUGUUCUAACAAAAUGUUCUACAUACAUUUCUUUAUACUCUGUUUAACUUUAGGAAUUGCGUUGGUUUCCAGUAAUGAAUCAGUGCUCUUAACAGGAAUGAGAUAUGAAGGAGGCUGCAAGUAGCAGAACAGUUAUCAUCUUGCCACUGAUGCUGCCUCAAGUGCCAACCUACCAACAUCUAAACAGUAGAUGUGUAGUGUCCUGUCUGAAUGCGACACAUUUAGACUGUGAUGUGCAUGGCUGUCUCUCUGAACAGCCACCAGACAAAUACAACUGUGGUACUGGAUGGAGCUGAGCUGGCACAUGAGUGUUCAGCUUUGCUGUCUGAGACAGACUGACAUUGCAGAUCAGGUCUGGAGUGUAACCUGAAACAUUAGUGAUUCAGCCUUAAUGUUUGUUACUUCACACAAUGUGAUGAAUUUGCCUCUGCACACGGAAUGGCUUCCACAUUCUUGCUAUUAUGUGAUAAAUAUGUAGUCUUUUACAUUGACUGGUGAUAAGAAUAUGUUUGACUGUAUAGCUUAAUUUAUUUGUCUGGGAAUAUGAUUGCCAUUUUAUGUUGUUAAAAUUAUGGUUGUAUAUAAAUUGUUUUAAUAAAAUGUUUGCUUUUAUUUUUGGUGCCUUGUAACUUGAAAUUUAUAUACAAUAAAUGCGUAUUCUCUUUGCA